ACAAAUGUGCCCUACCUCACGCGCACUAGAUGCACAUAGGAGUGAGUAGGCGCUCUUCUCUUGCGCAAGAUGCGAGAUACUGUAUCACCUAUGUAGUGUUACCGUGCUGAGGCAGGUAGCAAAGUCGCUUUGCUCAGCAAACGGAUUGUAACAUUUGGACGUGGUCUUUUUUUCCUGAGUUGAGCUGCCUGAGCAGAAUGGUAUCGCUCGUGAAUUACGCGUGUCUUUUCUUGCCUGUUGCUCUCCACCUGAUCGUCGGCCCCUGUCCCAGCUCUGCUGCCUCCACCAGGAGGUGUCACUCCAUCUAUAAGGGCUUCGCUCAGUGUCUGAUGGCUCUGGGGGACAGCCUGACUGAGAGUGCCCAGAAGAUCGAGGAUACACAGGAGAUACACACCAUCUGCAAGUCCUGGGAUGAGUUUCAUGACUGUGCGAAUGUGGCGAUGGCGGGCUGUCCUGAUGAGGCUGCUGCAGUCUGGGAGUCUCUGCGACAGGAGUCCAAGAAGAUGCAGUUUUCUGGUAACCUGUAUGACAUGUGCUCCAGUCGUAACCAACCAGCUGGCACUGCUGAUGCCCUGAGCCCACCCAACCAGGAAGAGAUUAACCAGGAGUCUCUAAAAGCACACACCCACCAUCUAGGUCCCGCCUCUUUCUGGUUGCUCUCCUUAUGUCUGUCCCUUCUGCUGCUGUUGGCCAAGAUAUAGGCACGAUCAGGGUGAAGGGGAGGGAGGAACUCAUUGAGGACAUGAAAAAAAUAUAUUAAAAAAGGAUAAUAAACUCACAAAUAUUUUUUGUGUACUAAAACUGAGUUGCAUAUAUUUCUAGCUGCAUGUUCAGAUUGGUGGCUCCUCAUCUGUAGUGUAUUCAUUUCAUACACACAUUAUCUCUCUAACUCUCUCUGAAAUACUCUCCUCCUUUUCAUCAAUUUAAGAGUUGGAUAGUAUGGUUCCAGGGGGAUGCUGUCUGGGAGAGCUGAGGGUAGAAUGUAAAUGAGCAAAUAAACCUCAAACAUCUAGAACCCAAGACAGAUUAUUCAAGCCUCACCAGGCAAGGCUUAACAGCAACAUCUCACACAGAAACCUGCAUCCUGAAGUUUCCUUCAGGUUGUUAUUCAAUCAGAGAGCACUGUGGGAUGUUUUGUAGCAUUAAAGGCUCAGACAAUUUUUGUUAUUUCGUUUGGGACUCACUGAGGAUUACAGAGAGAAUUACUCAGAGUAAAACCUCUAGAACAAUAGAGCUUACCUGCAGACAAGCAUAAUGAAAUAUACCCAGCUCAUGGCAGUUUGAAUGUUAAGGACUGAAGGCUUGGAUCGCUGUGUAUUCACCCAGUGCGGGUCUAUUUAACACAGCGUUCAUUAACAGAUAAACCACUUAACUUACAUGAAAUCACUUCUUGUCUUGGUCAAGUCUAGGCUGACCUAGAAUUGUAUUUAGUAAUUUGUGUUGAAGAAAUAUGGAUGAAGGUGUACAUAAUGGAAUUUAUUCAUAUGAAUAUUUAUGUACAUAUCAAGUGGCACAUCAAUAUAUAGUAUCAAGCCUUUUGAUGCUGCAGGAGCCUGUGUGUAAACGGAGACCCUGGUGAAAUAAUAACGGUAUAGAAAAAAGGUUUUACUCAAAAGGACUUUCAUUUUAUUAAAGUCAACACCAUGAGGAUAACCCCUGCUUGACUCCCUGACAUUAAAUCUUAGAUGCGUUUAAAACCUAGUUUUAAUUGAAUGUAGGUCUGAGAUAAACUACCAUGUUGGAAAUGGAAAAUACCGUUUAAAUGUAUGUUUUCUAUUGGCUUUGCUCUCAACAGCUUUAUCGGUCAAUUUGUAUUUGCAGUGGAUUUGCAUUUUUAAUUGGAAAUUAAUCUUGUUUGCUAUUGCAGCAAGUUUGUGUGGAAUGGUUAGGGAGGCAGCAGUAAACUACAGUGAAAACUUGAAGGAAAUCAAUUUUUAUCUUCAUUGUAAAGUAAAGGACAUACAAUAUAUGAAGUAGAUUUAGUUGAUCAUUAAAUAAAUGUAAAUAUUUAAAGAAUAUUGUGUUGCUAUAACAACAGUUAGCGCUACAACAUUUUAGGUUACUGGAUAACAAAUUUUAGACUGUUUGCAAACUGUGAGGACUUUAUUACUUAUCUGAAUUUCAAUAAAUUGUGUGUGUGUGUGUCUGUGUGUGGGUCUGUGUGUGUGUGUAUGUGUACGUGUACGUGUGUGUGCGUGCGUGUGUGCGUGCUUGUGUGCAUUGUGCCAGUGUAAUAACACUUGGUGAAUGAAAGCAGUAGCAAUGCCUUUUAUGUCAAAAUACAGUAUGGAGACUCUCCCUUAUCUUGCUUUACAAUAAGCUUUUUCAUUCUUGUAUACAUCAGCUCAUUAGCAUCAUUAUUCUUCACAUAUAUAUAAUGUUACUGUACCUAUAUUGUAUACUUCUGUACUAGCAGUUAUGCUGGGGCGGCAGGUAGCCUAGUGGUUAGAGUGUAGGGGUGGCAGGUAGCCUAGUGGUUAGAGUGUAGGGGUGGCAGGUAGCCUAGUGGUUAGAGCGUUGGGCCAGUAACCGAAAGGCUGCUAGAUUGAAUCCCCGAGCUGACAAGAUAUAAAUCUGUCAUUCUGCCCCUGAACAUGCAGUUAACCCACUGUUCCUAGGCCGCCAUUGUAAAUAAGAAUUUGUUCUUAACUGACUUACCUAGUUAAAUAAAGGUUCAAUCAUAAAAUUAUAAUAAUGGAACAGUUGUGUUGUGUUGCUUGAGCUGUUGUAUGAUGUGCAGUCUUUCUGUUUAUGAUAUGUUGAAAAGGAAGAAACCAUUGUCUGUCACAUCAUUGUAUAUUCACCAUACGUCUCUCAAAGAUGGAAGAAGAUGAGACAAAGGGUGCAAAUUCAACACAUUCCUCCCUUUGAAGUUGUGAUACUGUCAUACUAAAGCAGCGUUUCUCAAACUCGAUCCUGGGGACCCCAAUCAUAUGUACAGAAUUUCCAUAAACUUCACAAAGCUAUGAUGGAAAGUAUUCAGACCACUUCCCUAAUUCUAAAAUAGAUUUUUUUUAAAUGACCACCAACGACCACUAUAUACCCCAUAAAGCAUUUUUAGAAUUUUUUGCAUAUUUAUAAAAAAUAUAUAAAACGGAAUACCUUAUUUAAGUAUUCAGACCCUUUGCUAUGAGACUCUACAUUUAGCUCAGGUGCAUCUGGUUUCCAUUUAUCAUCUUUGAGAUGUUUCUACAACUUGAUUGGAGUCUACCUGUGGUAAAUUCAAUUGAUUGGACAUGAUUUGGAUAGGCACACACUUUGACAGAAUAUUCUGUGUAGAUUGUUGACAAAAUAUGACAAUGAAAUCAAUUUUAAGGUCCCACGGUUGACAGUGCAUGUCAGAGCAAAAACCAAGCCAUGAGGUCGAAGGAAUUGUCCGUAGAGCUCCGAGACAGGAUUAUGUCAGGGCACAGAUCUGGGGAAGGGUACCAAAAAUUGUCUGUAGCAUUGAAGGUCCCCAAGAACACAGUGGUCUCCAUCAUUAUUAGAUGGAAGAAGUUUGGAACCACCAAGACCCUUCCUAGAGCUGGCUGCCUGGCCAAACUGAGCAAUUGGGGGAGAAGGGCCUUGGUCAGGGAGGUGACCAAGAAGCCGAUGGUCACACUGACAGAGCGCCUCUGUGGAGAUGGGAGAACCUUCCACAAAGACAACCAUUUCUGCAGCACUCCACCAGUCAGGCCUUUAUGAUAGAGUGGCCAGACGGACUCCACUCCUCAGUAAAAGGCCCAUGACAGCCCACUUGGAGUUUGCCAAAAGGCACCUAAAGGACUCUCAGACCAUGAGGAAAACUUUCUGAUGAAACCAUGAUUGAACUCUUUGGCCUGAAUGCCAAGGGUGCUGUCUGGAGGAAACUUGGCACCAUCCCCACAGUGAAGAAAGGUGGUGGCAGCAUUAUGCUGUGGGGAUGUUUUUCAGUGGCAGGGACUGGGAGACAAGUCAGGAUAGAGGGAAAAAUUAACGGAGCAAAGUAGAGAGAGAUCCUUGAUGAAAACCUGCUCCAGAGUGCUCAGGACCUCAGACUGGGGCAAAGGUUCAUUUUCCAACAGGACACCGACCCUAAGCACACAGCCAAGACAACGCAGGAGUGGCUUCGUGACAAGUCUCUGAAUGUCCUUGAAUGGCCCAGCCAGAGCCCAGACUUGAACUCGAUCUAAUAUCUCUGGAGAGACCUGAAAAUAGCUGUGCAGCGACGCUCCCCAUCCAACCUGACAGAGCUUGAGAGGAUCUGCAGAGAAGAAUGGGAGAAACUUCCCAAAUACAGGUGUGCCAAGCUUGUAGUGUCAUACCCAAGAAGACUCGAGGCUGCAACUGCUGCAAAAAGUGCUUCAACAAAGUACUGACUAAAACGUCUGAAUAGUAAUGCCAAUGUGAUAUUUUUGUUUUUUGAAAAACCUAUUUUUGCUUUGUCAUUAUUGGGUAUUGUGUAUAGAUUGAUUAGGGGAAAAACAAUUUCAUCUGUUUUAGAAUAAGGCUGUGAUUUAGCAAAAUAUGGAAAAAAGUAAAAGGGUCUGAAUACUUUCAGAAUGCACUGUACGUGUACAGGGUUCUCCGGUCUUAUUUGACUGAGGCCUACAUUCAAUCAGAUCAAGCGUUAACCAGCGGCAGCCGACACCCUCAUAACUGAUGUGUUGGUGGUGUCAGAGGUGUAACUGGUUGGAGCUGUCAAAUCAGUGACCAGCUGCUAUUGAUCAUUGUCACGAAGCCACACCCAUCCCAAGUUCAGAUCAAGAAAGUGUAGGCUAUAUAGAAAUAAUGACUCUUAAACUGAAAAUCAUUCAACAAAAUCAUGAGAAUUUAAAUCAGCCGAAUAGAGGUCGAGAUUACAUCUCAUAUUCCAGUGUUUGCAUUUGUAAACAAUGCUGUGUGGGAUUUCUCUUAAAUCAACUCCCUGCAGCCAAUUACAUUAUAGGUAUAGCCAGAGAGGAAGAGUUGAAGCGGGAGAGGAUUUACUCUGUCCAUGAAAAUAAGCACAUGAAGUGAGGAUUUUUUUUGUAUGGAGGUCAGUGAGAGUGUCGAAUUUGGUCAACAAAAAAUGUAAUUGUUAAUUUGCUAAAACAGAAGUUUCGUAAUGGUUAGGUUGUUACGAAUGCACUGAUAUGUGGAUACACGUGGGAAAAAACAACUUUACAUCAGUUGUCAUAGAGAAAGAUAGAGGACUCAUCAUGGAUAUAACCCAUUUUAGCAUGGACAUUGCCAUUAAGGGCUUCUAAUCAUUUUAAAAUAGUCAACUAGGUGGGAUUCCUAUGAGUUGGGAGCAAUCAGCCAUUGAAGAAGAAGAAAAUUGCUACUUUAAAAUGGAGAUAGCCUCAAUGGCACUGUCCAUACUUUCACAGAUGCUAUAAUGGCACAGAUUCAAAGAUGAGUCCUCUAUCUAGAUCUAUGGCCUGUUGUUCACACGUGUAUCUGCCCUCUCAUUGGCUAGAAUGGUCCCACUUAAUCUCGCCUCUUCCUGCUUGCCUUCUAUCUUUGAGGACAUGUAUUUCCAUUGUUAGAGCGGUCACUCGAGUAUAUUGUCAAUAUAAUAGACAGUCUUUGGUAUAGCCUUUUAUUUAUUUAUUUAUUUCACCUUUAUUUAACCAGGUAGGCAAGUUGAGAACAAGUUCUCAUUUAUAAUUGCGACCUGGCCAAGAUAAAGCAAAGCAGUUCGACAGAUACAACGACACAGAGUUACACAUGGAGUGAAACAAACAUACAGUCAAUAAUACAGUAUAAACAAGUCUAUAUACAAUGUGAGCAAAUUAGGUGAGAAGGGAGGUAAAGGCAAAAAAGGCCAUGGUGGCAAAGUAAAUACAAUAUAGCAAGUAAAACACUGCCUAAUGUCAGCAGCCUCUUAUGGAUUUGACAGCUCUAAUGUAGCCUAGUUCCACAUCCAACACUGCCAAAACAACUGCUAUACGGAUGUCGGCUAAAGCGGAUCUGAUUGAAUAGAACCAUGAGUUUCAACAGUGGCUCAAUUUGUUCUUUUCACUUUCAAUAUUUGUCUGUCUGUAGCAUGCACGCUGACUUGGUCACCAGUUGUACGGUGUUUCCGCCAAAACAUUAGUGCGGCUGAUUUCCGGGUUAAGCGAGCAGUGUGUCAAGAAGCAGUGGGGUUUGGCAGGGUCGUGUUUCAGAGGACGCAUGGCUCUCGACCUUCGCCUCUCCCGAGUCCGUAUGGGAGUUGCAGCAAUGGGACAAGACGGUAACUACCAAUUGAAUGUCGAAUUGGGGAGAAAAAGGGGUAAAAUGUUUAAAUAAAUAAAUAAUGAUAAUACAAACAAAAUGUACCUGUCUGUAUGCAGAAUGUUUUGCUACAGUUAUAGAAAAUCAAUAAACUGGUGCUGACUGAUGCUAAAUCUGCCUUUGCUUUCAGUGAGUUGCAUCUUCUACUCAGUUUAGCCUACAUCAACAGCAUAAUACUAAUCAUUGUUUAAUUAAAUAUAUUUUUUGAAGUGUAUUCCUCAGGGGUAUUUACAUGACAUGUCCUACUCUGAUUUAGCCUCCUGCCUCCUAUAUUCCUGGUCAGCCAAUCGACUGCUCUUCCCUCUGCCAGCCUCUAGCCGACUUGACGCUUAACCCGUCACCUUCUAGUGAAUCUUUCUUUCAUUACCUGUGAUGUGCUCGAUGCCUUGCUUAAUAUUUAUGUAAAAAAUAUCCACUAAGCCUGAUAAGCUUAACCCAUUUUUGGUGCAGCUCUAUAUUUGUAACCUGACCAUUAUAUCUGGUACUAUCCCCAAAGUUUGGAAGGCGGCCCAUGUACUUCCCCUUCACAAAAGGUGGUGACCCUUGUGACCUAAAUAAUUAUCACUCUAUUUCUAAACUUUCUUGGCUAUCUAAAAUAUUAGAAUCAAUGACUAAUUCUCAGCUAAGAUCUUUCUUGUCUUAGAAAUGUACUCUAAAUGUACACAACCGUUCAAAAGUUUGUGGUCACUUAGAAAUGUCCUUGUCUGUUAAACAAAAGCAUAUUUUUCGUACAUUAAAAUAACAUCAAAUUGAUCAGAAAUACAGUGUAGACAUUGUUAAUGUUGUAAAUGACUAUUGUAGCUGGAAACGGCAGAUUUUUUCAUGGAAUAUAGGCGUACAGAGGCCCAUUAUCAGCAACCAUCACUCCUGUGUUCCAAUGGCACGUUGUGUUAGCUCAUCUAAGUUUAUAAUUUUAAAAGGCUAAUUGAUCAUUAGAAACCCUUUUUCAAUUAUGUUGGCACAGCUGAAAACUGCUGUCUUGAUUAAAGAAACAAUAAAACGAGCUUCAAUGCCAAACAACAUUCCUUCCGUGGCCUCCAACUGCUCUUAAAUGCUAGUAAAACCAAUUGCAUGCUUUUCAACCAUUCGCUGCCCGCACCCGCUCGCCCGACUAGCAUCACCACCCUGGACGGUUCCAACCUGGAAUAUGUGGACAACUAUAAAUACCUAGAUGUCUGGCUAGACUGUAAACUCUCCUUUCAGACUCAUAUUAAACAUCUCCAAUCCAAAAUCAAGUCUAGAAUCGGCUUUCUAUUUUGCAACAAAGCCUCCUUCACUCACGCCGCCAAACUUAGCCUAGUAAAACUGACCAUCCUACCGAUCCUCGACUUUGGAGAUGUCAUCUACAAAAUAGCUUCCAACCCUCUACUCAGCAAACUGGAUGCAGUCUAUCACAGUGCCAUCCGUUUUGUUACCAAAUCACCUUAUACACCCACCACUGCGACCUAUAUGCUCUAGUCGGCUGGCCCUCGCUACAUAGUCGUCGCCAGACCCACUGGCUCCAGGUCAUCUAUAAGUCUAUGCUAGGUAAAUCUCCGCCUUAUCUCAGUUCACUAACAACACCCACCCUUAGCACACGUUCCAGCAGGUAUAUAUCACUGAUCAUCCCCAAAGCCAACACCUAAUUUGGCCGCCUUUCCUUCCAGUGCUCUGCUGCUAGUGACUGGAACGAAUUGCAAAAUACGCUGAAGUUGGAGACUUUUAUUUCCCUCACCAACUUUAAACAUCAACUAUCUGAGCAGCUAACCGAUCGCUGCAGCUGUACAUAGUCCAUCUGUAAAUAGCCCACCCAAUCUACCUACCUCAUCCCCAUACUGUUUUUAUUUGAUUUACUUUUCUGCUCUUUUGCACAGCAGUAUCUCUGUUUGCACAUCAUCAGCUGCUCAUUUAUCACUCCAGUGUUAAUCUGCUAAAUUGUAAUUAUUUGCUCCUAUGGCCUAUUUAUUGCCUACCUCCUCAUGUAUUUUGCACACACUGUAUAUAGACUUUCUUUUCUCUACUGUAUCAUUGACUUGUUUGUGUUAUUGGCUUGUUUAUUGUUUACUCCAUGUGUAACUCUGUGUUGUUGUCUGUGUCACACUGCUUUGCUUUAUCUUGGCCAGGUCGCAGUUGCAAAUGAGAACUUUUUCUCAACUAGCCUACCUGGUUAAAUAAAGGUGAAAUAAAAUUAAAAUAAAACGGUCCUUCUUUAGACUAGUUGAGUUUCUGGAGCAUCAGCAUUUGUGGGUUCGAUUACAGGCUCAAAAUGGCCAGAAACAAAUACCUUUCUUCCGAAUCUCGUCAGUCUAUUCUUGUUCUGAGAAAUUAAGGCUAUUCCAUGCGAGAAAUUGCCAAGAAACUGAAGAUCUGGUACAACGCUGUGUACUACUCCUGUCACAGAACAGUGAAAACUGUCUCUAACCAGAAUAGAAAGAGGAGUGUGAGGCCCCAGUGCACAACUGAGCAAGAGGACAAGUACAUUAGAGUGUCUAGUUUGAGAAACAGAUGCCUCACAAGUCCUCAACUGGCAGCUUCAUUAAAUAGUACCUGCAAAACACCAACGUCAACAGUGAAGAGGCGACUCCAGGAUGCUGGUCUUCUAGGCAGAGUUGCAAAGAAAAAGCCAUAUCUCAGACUGGCCAAUAAAAAUAAAAGAUUAAGAUGGGCAAAAGAGCACAGACAUUGGACAGAGGAACUCUGUCGAGAAGGCCAGUAUCCCGGACGACUAUGUAGAUAUUCCCUUAAAAAUAAUCAGUUUCCAGCUACAUUAGUCAUUUACAACAUUAACAUUGUCUACACUGUAUUUCUGAUCAAUUUGAUGUUAAUUUUAUGGACAAAAAAUAGCUUUUCUUUCAAAAACAAGGGCAUUUCUAAGUGGCCCCAAACUUUUGAACGGUAGUGUACAUCAGUUGGGUUUUCGACCAGGCCAUCUCUACUGCAUCCCUAUUUAUAAAUGAUGUGGUUAACUGUAUGGAUAAAGGCAACAUUGUGCUGCCCUCUUAAUCGACCUGUCAAAGGCCUUUGAUACUGUUGAUCACCACUCGCUAAUUUGGAGGCUUUCCUCAAUGGGCCUAGACCAGGUUGCAUGUAACUGUUUUCAAAAUGACUUGACGGGUGGAAUUCAAUGUGUAUCUACUGAUGGCGUUAAAUCAGGGUUUUUGGGCACAUACACGAAAGGUGUCCCGUAGGGGUCCAUUCUGGGUUCUGUACUUAUUAUGAUUUUUUUUUCAAACAUUAUGUUGAUAUUUUAAACAUACAAUCUACCUGCAGUGAAGCCUCUCAACAUUUACUUUCACAAUAUUGACUGUAAGAAAUUGUUACCUGCACUUGUAUUCUGAUGAUACUUUUGUGUGUGCUAUUGUCCCCAUGGUUGACCAGGCUCUAUCUGAACUAAGGUCAGCCUUGAAAUCAAAUCAAAUAACAUUUUAUUGGUCACAUACACAUGGUUAGCAGAUGUUAUUGCGAGUGUAGCGAAAUUCUUAUGUUUCUAGAUCUGACAGUGCAGCAGUAUCUAACAGGUAAUAUCUAACAAAUUCCACAUCAAAACCUAAUAUCUAACAAAUUCCACAACAAAACCUAAUACACACAAUCUAGUAAAGGAAUGGGAUGAGAAAAUAUAAGUAUAAAAUAUAUGGAUGAGCAGUGAGGGGUGAGGGGCUAAGAUGCAAUAGAUAGUAAAGAAUAUAUAGUGAAGGAUACAGUAUACAGUAUAUACAGUACAUAUGAGAUGAGUAAUGCGACAUAUGUAAACAUUCUUAAAGUUGCAUUAUUAAAGUGACUAGUGUUCCAUUUAUUAAAGUGGCCAAUGAUAUCAAGUCUGUAGGUAGGCAGCAGCCUCUCUGUGCAAGUGAUGGCUGUUUAACAAUCUGAUGGCCUUGAGAUAGAAGCUGUUUUUCAAUCUCUCUGUCCCAGCUCUGAUGCACCUCUACUGACCUCGCCUUCUAGAUAGAAGCGGGGUGAACAGGUAUUGGCUCGGUUGGUUAUUGUCCUUGAUGAUCUUUUUUGCCUUCCUCUGUGACAUUGGGUGUUGUAGGUGUCCUGGAGGGCAGGUAGUUUUCCCCCGGUGAUGUGUUGUGCAGACCGCACCCUCCUCUGGAGAGCCCUGCGGUUGUGGGUGGUGCAGUUGCCGUACCAGGCGGUGAUACAGCCCGACAGGAUGCUUUCAAUUGUGCACCUGUAAAGGUUUGUGAGGGAUUUGGGUGACAAGCCACAUUUUUUUCAGCCUCCUGAGGUUGAAGAGGCAUUGUUGCACCUUCUUCACCACACUGUCUGUGUGCGUGGACCAUUUCAGUUUGUCGGUGAUAUGUACACCAAGGAACUUAAAACUUUCCAUCUUCUCCACUGCUGUCCCGUUGAUGUGGAUAGGGGGUGUCACCUUUGCUGCUUCCUUAAGUCCACGAUCAUCUCUUGUUUUGCCGACAUUGAGUGAGAGGUUAUUUUCCUGACACCACACUCCGAGGGCCCUCACCUCCUCCCUAGGCUGUCUCAUCGUUGUUGGUAAUCAAUCCUACCACUGUUGUGUUGUCUGAAAACUUGAUGAUUGAGUUUGAGGUGUGCAUGGCCACGCCGUCGUGGGUGAACAGGGAGUACAGGAGAGGGCUGAGAACGCACCCUUGUGGGGCCCCAGUGUUGAGAAUGCUUAAUUGGACUGAAAUUAGUAUUGAAUGCAGGUAAAACUUUCUCUAGAGCGCGUAAAAAGAACUCUGAUGAUUUAAGCAAAUGUACUUUGGAUGGUGCCCAUAUUGAUUUUGUCCCAGCUUACAAAUAUAUAUCUGUGUAGAUGAAAAGCUGUCUUAUAAAAAUCAUAUUGAUGAGUUAGUUAAGAAGCUGAGAAUCAAAAUGUUCUUCUUCAAGAAGAACAUUUUGCUAAAUGCCUCUUGCUAAAUAGUAGAAAGCUAAUUAUUCAGUCGACGUUCCUAUCGGUCCUAGACUAUGGCGACAUCAUCUAUAUGAACACAUCUGCCACUUCAUUAAAGCCAUUAUCAUAGCGCACUGCACUUCAUUACAGGCAUCAGUUUUAGUACUCAUCACUGCAUUCUCUACCAGAAAGUUGGUUGUCUCUCUUUGAUGUCACGUAGGUUGAUACAUUGCUAUGUUUUAAUUUAUAAAGCCAUUUUUCAAAAACUCCCACUGUACCGAACAUCAUUACUAAACUUUAAACAUAUGAGUUACCACACCCCGUCUCUGGGAUGGCUAACUGGACAUUCCUUUGGUCUCCACUGAGUUAGGUAAAUCAGCUUUUAGUUUCUUACACCUUAUUUAUGGAACAAAAUGUUCUUAAUGUGUUGUUUUGGUGCCUCUAGGGCAAUUCAGAAAGCUGAUUGAGGACCUUAUUACUGAUUAAUGUUUUUUUUUAUGACCGUGUUUUCUUUCUGCUUGCAUUUUGUAUGUAUAUUUUGAUGUGUGUAUGUCAUUUCUGUAAUACAGGGCUCUUCUGUAAAAUAAGUCUCAGUAUGACUCUCUGUUAAAAUUAAAAUAAAAUUUAAAUGAAGGACUCCAAGAUGUAUUCUAGUUUUGAUGAAAUACCAAAUGGAAAUGAGUUCGGGUGCUCUGUGUCCAGUAACUGAGAUUUGGACAGAUACGGUACCUUCCUGUACUACUGCAGAACUUCAGAUUGGCAUUUGGGAGGUGAUGAUA